CAUGCAGGUGUUCACGUCUACGAGGUUGGUUCGGCGUUCACUCUGAAGAAUUUGUUUGGCAAGCCACUAUAUAUAGCAACUAAUUACGGUAUGUUUCAAAAGAUGCUUUAUGGAACUAUUCAAUUUGAUGGUAAUGGAUAUCACUUCAUUAGGCCGUUAAAACGGG